GCUCUGAGCGUCGGCGUCAGUCUUGAUUGAUAAGAUUAGGUUUAUUGAUGUGUUCUUUGUGGUCUGACCUGGAUAUCGUGGUAUUUCCAGUGAGGAUGAGUUCGUUUGGGUCUCUGAGAGAGUUCAUCAGUCAGCGACUAACUGCUGCUGCUGAAGAAAUAUUCACAGAGUUUGAAAAAACCAUCGUCCAGUACGAAGAAGAGAUCGACCGACAGAGAAGACUGCUGGAUAUCACCUGGAAACCGGAGAUUAAACUACACAGAACAGUUCCCCAACAAACGUUCAACUGUAAAGAGGAGGAGGACGGUCCUGACCAGCAGCUCCUGGACCAGCAGCUCCUGGACCAGCAGCUCCUGGACCAGCAGCUCCGGGACCAGCAGCUCCUGGACCAGCAGCUCCGGGACCAGCAGCUCCGGGACCAGCAGCUCCGGGACCAGCAGCUCCUGGACCAGCAGCUCCUGGACCAGCAGCUCCUGGACCAGCAGCUCCUGGACCAGCAGCUCCGGGACCAGCAGCUCCGGGACCAGCAGCUCCGGGACCAGGAGAGGAACUCCAGUCCGGUCCAGGAGAAACCAGAACCUCCGCAGAUUAAAGAGGAAUUUAAAGAAGAUUUGCUGGUACUGAAGCAGGAAACUGAUAUUGUCAUGGUAACUCCAACUUCUGAGGACAGUGAACACAAUGAACCAGAACCAAACUUGGACCAGAUCCUUUUUUGCACUUCUCUGGAAGCUGAGGAGUCGAGCCGAAAUGAAGAACCAAAUGAGAGAAACUCCAGCAGCAGAAGUGACAGUGAUAAUGUGGACACGUUUCCUGUGUCAGAGAGUCAUCGUAACACCGACACAAUAAAACAAGCUCUGCAUCACCAGAUACACACCGGCGACAGGCCGUACACUUGUAAAAUCUGCUUUAAGAAAUUCACCCAAAGGUACAGCUUGCUGGUCCACAUGAGAACCCACACAGGAGAGAAGCCAUAUUCAUGUACAAUUUGUCAUAAAUCGUUCACGCAGAAAGCUAACUUGAUUUGCCACACCAGGACGCACACGGGGGAGAAGCCGUAUGCCUGCAGGUUCUGCGGUAACAGCUUCACCCAACACCAUCACCUGACCGAUCACAUGAGGAUUCACACUGGAGAGAAACCCUACUCCUGUCAGACGUGUGACAAACGCUUCUCACGCCUUUACAGUCUGCAUUUCCAUCUGAAGAAGUCGUGCAGCUGAAAAACCGAACACAAAAACCCACAAGAGAAAAAAGGUUGAAAAAACCACCUCUCCUCAGAAAAAGCCGUUAAAAUCCCAACUUAACACUAUAAUGUAAACUAUGUUAGCAGUAAAGACUUUGCAUUUCCUCUCCUGUGUGAAAUACACCAGGUGAAACGUCCAGUUCUGCGUUUUCAAGUCCUGCAGUUCCCCUACUGACCACCAGGGGAUCCAACACCGACUCCACCUGCACUUCAUUGUUACCCCUUUUCCACCAAGCUGGUUCCAGGGCUGGUUCUGGGCUAGAGCCAGACUUAGCACUAGUUCUUUGGUUUUACACAGCCUAAGCACCGGCUUCUGGUUCUCAAAACUAGUGCUACAGGAGAACCGACUCUUUGCUGGGCCAGCUCAAAGAACCAGUUUCGUCGGGGGCUACGUGCUUACGUCAAGGGCUGGGGGCGGGGCUGGGGACCUUGUUACUGAACAAUCAAAGCAGAUAAACACGGAAGAGCGCCGUUU